AUGACCUCAAGAGCUAGUUUGUUAUCAAGGAGAUCGUCUUCGAUUGCCUCCAAGCCUGAAAUAAAGAAGGAAAGAAUACUUUCUAUCUUGAAUGGCGCAGAAAAUGAUGCAAUGGCAAAAAGUACUCGACCUUCUCUUCUUCGACGUUCAACAACCUUAAGCGGGUAUCCCAAGAAGGAAAAGAUCGAAACAAAUAUCCUGGACAAAGCGGAUCCUAGAUUAUUCAAAGAUUUACCUGAACUACCUAGCGAAAUUCAGUUUCAAGAGGACAAAUCGAUUGAAAAGGACGAUGUAAUCAUUGAGGAGAACAACACGAAAAGCAAACUCGAACGAAGGCCACGACUCAAGAAAGUUUUGUCAAGUCCAAACAGACUCUCUCUUUUACGACCAACACCGCUAAAGCUGAACAGAUUCCCCGAUUGGCUGAGUGGUAGCAACUCUCGAUCUCCAAGUAACAAAUCAGUCUCACCUUUAUCUCAAGCGUCAACAAUUACUGAAUCCUCCAAUGAGGAAAAGGCGAGGUUGACCAGUAAAAAGAGUUUCUACCUCUUAUCACCUUCAGAUUGGCUCAGAUCACCAAAAAACAAAUCUAUGGAAAAUUGCUCAAUCGUACCAGGAGAGGCGCAACUUCAACUUGACAACGGAAAUGAUGAAAUUAUUUCACUUGCAGAAGAGCUUGAUCUCUAUCAAUCUGAAUCAACUCGAACGAGUUUUCAUUCAACACACGAAUCCAUCUUGGGAACACUUCCAGACACACAUACUUCUCCUCAAACAGAAACUCCACACAGUGAAGAUUCGCAAUGGUCACAAGAGAGUGCUAAAGAAAUGACUGAGUCUCAACCGCAACAAGAGAGGAACGGAUUGCACGUUGACGGGAGUGCAGAUGAUACAAGUCCUAAUCCAGGAUCAGAUGGUACGAUCGAUCAAGACAACUACAAAGAAGCACUUGGAGAAUCGUCUGAUAACGCAGCAGCAAGAGCAGAAAUGCUUAAAAUUGAAGAAGCAUGGACGGCGUUUAAUGUAUCACCUUGCACUGAGGAAUCUGAACGUAAAAUCGAGAUUGAUCAAAAUGCAUUUCCAAUGUCAGUGGAUACUUUGACAUCAUACGAUAAAUCAAGGUGUACGCCAGACGUAUGUGAGCGUCAACAAAUUCUCACGGCUGCCAAACCUUCUUUGUUGAGCUCCAUUUCAGAACGUACAAGUUCUUUGAAAGGAGCAGAAUUUCACUCUGCCAACUCUUCCAUGACUGAAUUAGGAGAGCCAACAAGAAGUGAUGCGGCAAAGCUGACAGAAGAGGUGAAUGCGGAAGACAAAAGAUGUGAAAGUACUGCAGAUUCCAGUCGCAAAUCAUUUUUCUUGCCCAGCAUCUCUCCAACUUCUUCGAUGCAUUCGCCAUUGUCAAAGAAUAGCCUACAAAUCACAUCCAUCCCUUCAACGCCAACAAGUUAUACUUCAACUGCUCUCUCUUCACCUGACGCAAGGAGGAGUAAACUGUUUUCGCGUUCAGAGUUGGCAGAAUUUCAAACACAAUCAUAUUGGUCAGAAGAUAGCGGAGAAGACACAGAAGAAUUCAAAGAGCUCAACAAGCCAAAAGAAAGAAAGGUGCGAAAUAAAAGGAAAUUUAACAAGAGCACUUCAAGUUCAAAAGAUGAAAAUGUAAGAAACAGUAUAAUCGGAAAGCGAUUGGGACUCAUCUUUGAUCAUUCAUUUCAUCAUCAAACACCUCCUCCCACUCCAAAUCGGAAAUCGUUUGGUAAACGAAAAGGCAACGUAUUUGGCGGAGAUUCUCCCACGCUUGAUGGUGACUCUUCUUUCUUGGAUGUUGGCACUACAACCAGCUCAUCAAAGAAACCUUCCAGGCUUUUGAUGAGCUUGACAUAUGUGCCUCAACUAUUACGACACAAAGGCAGUACAAUAAACCUCGGCUCAUCAAUGUCUACUGCAGCAACGGAAAUGCAAAGAUCAAAAAGUGCAAAUGAUUUAGCUUCUUCCUACAAGAAAUUUCAAAGUACCGUAGAAACUUCUUCUUUCCCAAAGAAAAUUUUUUCUCCAACACAAAGUGAUCAUUCCGAAUCUUAUUCGAUCCCUCAAAGAAGUGUGACCUCACUUGGAGAAUCUCCUCUUUUGCUUUCUCCAAUCACUCCUCAAACACAAGCGCCAAGAUCGAGAAGGUUAUCGCAUAAGCCUUCUUUACCCGCUCUUUUGGAAGGCAGAAAGCUGACAAGUGAUUCGCAUGAAGCUAAACUCAGACAAUUCACAUUUCCGGCAUCAUCAGAUUCAACAACGACGAAACGAUCACAAUCUUCUCAAAGAUCAUCUUGGCAUCCGCAUUCUCAUGGUCAACAGUUGUCAUUUCAAGACAAUCUCUUUUCCAACGGCUGGACGAUGGAAAGAGAACAUUUUUUAUAA